GUUCCAAAAUUAUAUAAAUUUAACCUUUACAUCAUUGUUAUAUCACACAUACCACUCUCACUCUCAAUCUCAGUCUCUCUCCCAUAAUUGCUAAUUAACCUUUACACUAAUUGGAAUGAAUGAAUGGUUCACACAACACUCACACAAACCCUAUCCUCUAAUAAUGAACAUAUCUUCUUCAAUUCCUACUUGUCUCAUAUCUUUCUCAAAUUCAAAAAUUUCGAUAAAAAAAUUAAUCAUUCAAUUCUAGCUAGCCAUGGAAGAAACUCAGGCGUCAACAAACGCAGAAGCGGCGGUGCCGUGGCCGGAGCUUCUCGGCAGCAACGACUGGAGCGGCCUACUGGAGCCCCUAAACCUGGAGCUCCGCCGCCUCAUCCUCCGCUGCGGCGACUUCUGCCAAGCCACCUACGACGCCUUCAACAACGACGCCAACUCCAAGUACGCCGGCAGCAGCCGCUACGGCAAGAAAUCCUUCUUCGAGAAGGUCAUGCUGGAGUCCGCCGCCGCCGACUACCAGGUCUCCUGCUUCCUCUACGCCACCGCCAAGGUCAGCGUCGCCGAGGCCGUCUUCCUCCACUCCCUCUCCCGCCAGGCCUGGGACCGCGAGUCCAACUGGAUCGGCUACAUCGCCGUCACCACCGACGCCGCCACCGCCGCCCUCGGCCGCCGCGAGAUCUACGUCGUCUGGCGCGGCACCUCCCGCAACUACGAGUGGAUCAACGUCCUCGGCGCCACCCCCCAGUCCGCCGCGCAGCUGCUUGCCGGCGCCGAUGCCGCCGCCGCCGGCAGUAGCAGCAGCGAUGAAGACGGCGAGAAUGUGCCGAAAGUCAUGAGCGGGUGGAUGACGAUAUACGUCUCCUCCGAUCCGAACUCCUCCUUCACCAAACUCAGCGCGCGAUCGCAGCUGCAGACGAAGAUCGCGCAGCUGAGGGAGCUCUACAAUGAGGAUCGCCUCAGCAUCACGCUGACGGGGCACAGCCUCGGCGCGUCGCUGGCGAUCCUCGCCGCAUUCGACCUCGUCGAGAACGGCGUCCGCGACAUUCCUGUCGCGGCCGUCGUGUUUGGCAGCCCCCAGGUGGGCGACAAGGCCUUUAGGGAUAGGGUGGCGGGAUACCCGAAUUUGAAAAUCCUGCACGUGAAGAACAAGAUCGAUUUGAUCCCGCUGUACCCGAGCGCGAUACUCGGGUACAGAGACGUGGGGGUGGAGCUGGUGAUUGACAACAGGAAGUCGCCGAGCCUGAAGGAUUCCACGAAUCCUUCGGACUGGCAUAACCUGCAGGGGAUGCUGCACGUGGUGGCCGGGUGGAACGGGGCGGAGGCGGAGUUCGAGCUCAAGGUGAAGAGGAGCGUGGCGCUCGUGAAUAAAUCGAGCGAGUAUUUGAAGGAUGAGUAUUUGAUUCCCGGUUCGUGGUGGGUGGAGAAGAACAAGGGGAUUGUGCUUGAUGAGAAUGGUGACUGGAUUUUGGCGGCGCCGGCGGAUGAGGAUCAGCCGGUGCCGGAGUUUCCGUGAAUAUGUUUCGGUUGUUGUUUGCCAAUGAUUUAUACAGAGCUAAUCGCAUUCAUUGCUUUUUUCCUUUC